GCGUGCUGACACCAACACGUGGAGCAGGACGCUGUCAGUCUGUCACCAUGUUAGCCGGUCGCCGUGCGGCGGUCAGCCAGCUGCUCGGUGUGUGCGCGGGGGCCGCCGCCUGUUACUGUCUGUACCGGGUCAUAGCUGGAGCUGGAAGGAGGCAGAGGGACUCGGGGAGCGGAGGAGGGAAGCCCGGGAGCCUCAUUGACAGAGUGUCCGGGAUAUCCCCCCGGGCUGCAGCCAGACAAGAUAAUGUUCCAGAGUCAGCAGGUGAUCUGAAGCCUCACCAUAUAAAAAAACUUAUUGAGAUUGUUGCUACAAGUUCUGACACAUCACUUCGAGAACUGGCCUUGGUCUCCCUUUGUAACAGUGCUGCAUUCUCUGUAAACCAAGAUCUUAUUCGGAAUCUUGAUGGCAUAAGGAUUAUAGGAGAAGCACUCUCAGAUUUAAAUUAUGAAGUAAAGGUUAAGGCAUUAAAUACAUUAAACAACUUGAGUAUGAACGUUCAAAAUCAAAAACUGAUAAAGGAUUUUCUCCAUGGAGUCUGUGAAAUGAUCACUUCAGCUGCACUUAAUUCAGAGUUACAAUUGGCUGGACUUAGGCUGCUAAUUAAUAUGUCUGUUACAAACAGUCAUCACAACCACUUCAUCGCUUACAUCUCUUUCUUUUUAACACUGCUAGCGGAAGGAAAUCGAUAUACUCAGAUCCAUGCAUCAAAAGUUCUAGUGAACUUGUCUGAUAAUCCUUCAAUGGCAGCACCUCUUCUCCAUAGCAAGGGCUCAUCAUUGCUGAGUGCUCUUUUUGACAGUUGUGUCCAUACAGACAUUCUUAGCAGAGUUCUGAGAUUUGCUGCAAAUGUCUCUGAGAAUCUGGAAAGUGCGCACCAUUGUAAUGGACACAAUUAUGAUGAGAAUUCACUUCAUACUCUACUGUUUGGGGACUCUGCCCUAUUAAAAAUGAAUCUGUCCUCUUUAUCAGAGCACCCUGAGGUUGAAGUUAAAGAACAAGCUGCAAGACUGAUACAAGUCAUAUCUAUGUAGAGAAAAGGUGCUGUUUUUGGGCAUGUACAGGUUUUUAUUUUAAUUGCUCGGAAUCCACGUGCUUUUGAUCUUAUAGUGAGCUGCUUUAAAGGGGCGCACAACUGGAAAGAGGGUACUAGAAGCAAAAAUAUCGCUUUCUCUGCAGGUAUAUAAACAUCGAUCAAAAAAAAAUUAGACAGUUAUUCACUAAAGUGAAAAAUUUAAAGUGAGUUUCAAAUUCUAGGUAUAAAAAGCCCAAUUCUAAAUAUUCUGUAGCCAGCUAUGCUUUCAGUUUGUUUGGCCUCAAAUUUGAAAUUCACUAUGAAUUCUAACUUUGGUGCAUAACCCUAAUAAAGUGUAAUUAAAGAUGUAACAAUUGUGGUUGUUUAAUUUUUUUAUUUUACACUUUCAUAUUUUUAUAGAUUUAGAUCACAUUGCAUCUGAAAUAAGGUUCACU